AUGAGUUUAACUAUAAUUUUUUCAGCAAAUUUCAUCGACAUCAAGUAUGAAGUUCAGGAAAGAGGAUUGCUCCGGACACUUGAAAAUUUUGAGAAUGGUGUUAGACCUCGCGAAAAGUUGAUUGAAGAAGAGGCAGUCUCGAAUGCUUACUCACAAGAUUUGGCAAAUAUUCUGAAGAACCGAAAGUCAGUUUUGGAGGAAAUCUAUAUAGACACGUAUUACCAUGAUUCUAAUACCAACAUCUCAAGCCAUAACAAUAUUUUGUACAGUGUGGUGCUGAAAGCUUUUGAGAGUUUGGAUCACCCGAUUCGCACGAAAAUUAUCAGAAUGGCGGUGGUAGAUCAAAAAGAUGUGAUAUCUAUUCUCCAAUUUAUCGAUCCCAACAAUUGGAAACUGAAAGUUUUCAUCUGA